AUGAUUAAUAUAAGAAAUAUUGAUGUCAAUAACGGUGUUUGUGAUGGUAAAAUUAGAGCUUUGCUUUUGAAAAGACAUAAUAAUGUUCUUGAGUGCCAAAUUAUAAAUCCUGGUGCUCAUUUUUUGAAAAAAGUUUUCAUUCAUAGAGUUUUAUUUGUCCACGAGGUUAGUGAUGAUUUUUCCGUUUCCUUCAACAGAUUGCAGUUACCUAUAAAACAGUGUUUUGCUAUUACCAUCAAUAAGGCUCAAGGGCAAACACUCUCAAGAGCUGAUUUAGAUGUUUCUAAAUAUCAUCCUUUUAGCCAUGGCCAGUUUUAUGUUGCUUUAACAAGAGUUACCAUUUCUAAUAACCUCUUUUUUCUUCUCAACUCACAACCUCAAAACAAUGGUAAUUCUGUUCAAGAUAUACUUCCAUGUUGA